AUGCAUUUCAACUUUGCCUGUGCUACUGCCUGCAUCUUUGCAGUUGCUGCUCUUGCAGUCCCCGUCGAGGUUGAGAGAAAGGUCGUUGUUGUCCGCGCUGAAGUUUGCCCUGCACCUGCACCUGAACCUACUGCUACCACAGCUCCCGCUCCUGUUCCCGCUCCUGAAGUUACAUCUACGCCUGAAUACCAACCUCCUCCACCCUCACCUGCACCUCCUGCUGCACCAUCUGUCUCUAACGCUCCGGAGCCGCAGACCACUACUGUUGUCGACAACAACAAGCAAUGCUCAGCUGGCACUUCGGUCCACUGCUGUGACACUGUUGACAGCACCGACAACUCCAAUGUCCUGAACCAGCUCACCGCUGCCGGAAUUGACCAUCAGACUGCUCAGCAGAAGGGCCAGGUUGGCCUGACUUGCACUCCCAUCACGACUUCCCUCGUUGAUGCUCUUAACGGCAAUGUCUGCCAGGGAGCCGUCACCGCCUGCUGCGAGAACACCAACCAGGUCGGCCUUGUCAACCUCAACCUUGGUUGCACCAUCAUUCCCGUCACUCUCUAA